UACAUUAGCAUGUAGAAGUGGCGUCACUAGCCGCGCCAGUUGGUAGUGUUGCGCCACUUUGGGUUUACACACAUUUGAGUGGAAACCUAGCUCGCCACUGUAAUGGCGUCAGUUCAGUUCUGGUAUUGUUCUGUGACGAGUAAAAAUGUCUGAUUGUAUAGAAAAUAUUCGGAGUGCGGUAGCAACAUCGAUUUCCGUGUUGGGUGAGGGGUUAGCUGAUGAAGCAAACGAAAUAUUUUUGCGGUUACGACCUAGAAAACCUAGGUCGUGUUGGACAAGAAAAUGGAUUAGUAGAAGGACAAACCUUGGUGCAUCAAAACUUCUGGAAGAACUUGCAACCGAAGAUGUAGACAGCUUUAGAAACCACCUAAGAAUGUCCGAGUUGAAGUUUGAAGAGCUGUUAAAACACGUUGCUCCUCGUAUUCAGAAAUUAAAUACAAGGAUGAGAAUGGCUUUACCUGCUAAAAUAAAGUUACAAAUUACCUUGAGGUAUUUGGCUACAGGUGACUCGUUCUCUUCUUUGCAGUACCUGUAUCGUGUUCCAAAGUGCACAAUUUCUAAGUUUGUACCUGAAAUGUGUGAAGCUAUAUACGAGGCUCUAAUUGAAUACUUAAAAGGUCCUACUUCAGAAGAGGAAUGGCAAGAAAUUAUGCAAGGAUUUUCAAGUAGAUGGAAUUUUCCACGAUGUUGCGGAAGCAUCGAUGGUAAACAUGUCUCUAUACGAUGCCCAAGCAAUUCUGGCUCUGACUUCUACAACUACAAAGGUUCAUUUAGUACAAUACUUUUCGCAGUUGUUGAUGACGCUUAUUGCUUCACCUACAUAGACAUUGGAACAAACGGACGUGUAUCAGAUGGUGGAGUGUUGGCAAAAAGUGGAUUUCAAGAAGCCAUAGACAACAAAAAAUUAAAGUUACCAGCAAAUGCUUUGUUUGUUGCUGAUGACGAAUUUCCCUUAAGGGAGUACAUUAUGAAGCCAUAUAAUACUCGAUCUGGUCCUUUGACUAUAAAACAAAAGGUUUUCAACUAUCGUCUAUCUAGGGCUCGACGCAUAGUUGAAAAUGCAUUUGGAAUUCUUGCAGCCAGGUUUCGUAUAUUUGAGAGGCCCAUUCCGCUAAGCCCAGACAAAGUAGACUCAUUAGUGAAAGCAAGUGUAGCAAUACAUAACUGGCUGCGAAUAACAAGUCCUGGUGUGUAUUUUUACAGGGGAUGUGUUGAUGAAGAAAACAUAGACACGGGUGAAAUAGUACCUGGCUCAUGGCGUCGAGCAGUACAAAAUGAAGGAUUGGUUAGUGUGAAAGAUAGAUCACAACCUCGAAACCCAAAAAAGGCAGCAAAGGAGGUUAGGGAUAAACUCGCAGAUUGGUUUAUGGGGAAAGGGAGUGUUCCUUGGCAACUGCAGUUCGUAAAUGAUAAGGCUGUUUGA